AUGUCGUACUUCCCGAAAGGCCACCACCGUAAAAACGCCGGCAACGAUGAAGAUGUCGACGAUUUCGACGAGUUUGAUCCAACUCCGUACGGUGGCGGUUACGAUAUUAGCCUUACAUACGGUCGCCCUCUCCCUCCUUCCGACGAGAUAUGCUAUCCCCCCUCCUCGUCCGGUGGCGGUGGUGGGUCGGGAUAUGGAUCUGGAUCUGGAUAUGGGCGUCGAACGGAGCAUGGUUCGGAGUAUGGGUCCGGCCAUGGGCGCCGUAGCGAUCAUCAUGGGUCGGAAUAUGGGUCGGAACAUGGGCGCCAUAGCGAGUCUGGAUAUGGAGGGAGGACUGAGCAUGGAUCGGAAUAUGGGUCUGGGCAUCGCCGGAGGAAUGAAUCCGAUGAGUAUGGAUCAGGGCAUGGCGGUGGUGGACGGAAAAGUUAUGGGCAGUCUGAGGAUGAUGAUGAUCGGAAACCUAGGUAUGGCCGGAGAAAUGACGACGACGACGAUGAUGAUCGGAGACCUAGGUAUGGCCGGCGAAAUGACGACGACGAUGAUGAUGAUCGGAAACCUAGGUAUGGCCGGAGAAAUGACGACGACGACGAUGAUGAUCGGAGACCUAGGUAUGGCCGGCGAAAUGACGACGACGAUGAUGAUGAUCGGAAACCUAGGUAUGGCCGGCACAAUGAUGAUGAUGAUGAUGGCAUUCGUGGUCGGAGGAAAUAUGGAGAUGAUGACGACGACGACGAUAGGAGAAGGAUGAAUCAAUAUCAGUCUCGCAGACAUGACUACGAUGAAUGA